CUCCCCACUCUGCACAUGUGGCUGGGUGGCAGCCAGCAGCCUCGGACAGACCCACUGCCGUCUCUCUGCUGAAUGACCAUAAGCUCGGCGUCUGGUCCUCUGCCUGCCUCUCCCUGAGUGUGGCUGACAGCCACGCAGCUGUGUCUGUCUGCGGCCCGUGCAUCCUUGCUGCAGCCGCCUGGUACCUGCCUUGCCGUCUCCUUCCUCUGUCUGCUGCUUUGUGGGACACCUGUCUGGAGGCCCAGCUGCCCAUCAUUGGAGUGACAGGUCUUCUGACAGCCUGAUUGGUGACUCGGGCUGGGUGUGGAUUCUCACCCCAGGCCUCUGCCUGCUUUCUCAGACCCUCAUCUGUCACCCCCACGCUGAACCCAGCUGCCACCCUCAGAAGCCCAUCAGAUUGCCCCCUACAACACGGAAUGGAUUUCUGAGAAAGAAGCCGAAGCAGAAGAUGAGGAAAUGAGGCUGCGAGAGGUAGAGUGAUUUUCCCUCGGUGACUCAAUCGGGACGUAGCAGGUUGGGCAGUCAAGCCAGGUGAUCCCAUGAGCUGUCGCUGCAUCUUUCUCAUGAGGCACGGGGAACGCGUCGGAUGGCCUGUAGGAGUCAGCAUGCUGCGUGGCUGGGCCGCCCCCUUGCUCCUGCUGCUGCUCCAGGGAGGCUGGGGCUGCCCUGACCUCGUCUGCUACACCGAUUACCUCCAGACGGUCAUCUGCAUCCUGGAGAUGUGGAACCUCCACCCCAGCACACUCACCCUUACCUGGCAAGACCAGUAUGAAGAGCUGAAGGACGAGGCCACCUCCUGCAGCCUCCACAGGUCGGCCCACAAUGCCACGCACGCCACCUACACCUGCCACAUGGAUGUAUUCCACUUCAUGGCCGACGACAUUUUCAGUGUCAACAUCACAGACCACUCUGGCAACUACUCCCAGGAGUGUGGCAGCUUUCUUCUGGCUAAGAGCAGGUUUUCCCACCAAGUCAAGCCGGCUCCCCCUUUCAACGUGACUGUGACCUUCUCAGGACAGUAUAAUAUCUCCUGGCGCUCAGAUUACGAAGACCCUGCCUUCUACAUGCUGAAGGGCAAGCUCCAGUAUGAGCUGCAGUACAGAAACCGGGGAGACCCCUGGGCUGUGAGUCCGAGGAGAAAGCUGAUCUCAGUGGACUCAAGAAGUGUCUCCCUCCUCCCCCUGGAGUUCCGCAAAGACUCAAGCUAUGAGCUGCAGGUGCGGGCAGGGCCCAUGCCUGGCUCUUCCUACCAGGGGACCUGGAGUGAGUGGAGUGACCCGGUCAUCUUUCAGACCCAGUCAGAGGAGUUAAAGGAAGGCUGGAACCCUCACCUGCUGCUUCUCCUCCUGCUUGUCAUAGUCUUCAUUCCUGCCUUCUGGAGCCUGAAGACCCACCCAAUGUGGAGGCUAUGGAAGAAGAUAUGGGCCGUCCCCAGCCCCGAGCAGUUCUUCAUGCCCCUGUACGAGGGCUGCAGCGGAGACUUCAAGAAGUGGGUGGGUGCUCCCUUCACUGGCUCCAGGCUGGAGUUGGGAUCCUGGAGCCCAGAAGUGCCCUCAGCCCUGGAGGUGUACAGCUGCCACCCACCACAGAGCCCGGCCAAGAGGCUGCAGCUCACGGAGCUACGGGAGCCAGCAGAGCUGGUGGAGUCUGACAGCGUGCCCAAGCCCAGCUUCUGGGCGACGGCCCAGAACUCAGGAGGCUCAGCUUACAGUGAGGAGAGGGACCGGCCGUACGGCCUGGUGUCCAUCGAUACAGUGACUGUGCUAGAUGCAGAGGGGCCAUGCACCUGGCCCUGCAGCUGUGAGGAUGACGGCUACCCAGCCCUGGACCUGGAUGCUGGCCUGGAGCCCAGCCCAGGCCUAGAGGAUCCACUCUUGGGCGCGGGAACCACAGUCCUCUCCUGUGGCUGUGUCUCAGCUGGCAGCCCUGGGCUAGGAGGGCCCCUGGGAAGCCUCCUGGACAGACUAAAGCCACCCCUUGCAGAUGGGGAGGACUGGGCUGGGGGACUGUCCUGGGGUGGCCGGUCGCCCGGAGGGGUCUCAGAGAGUGAGGCGGGCUCGCCCCCGGCUGGCCUGGAUAUGGACACGUUUGACAGUGGCUUCGUGGGCUCUGACUGCAGCAGCCCUGUGGAGUGUGACUUCACCAGCCCCGGGGAUGAAGGGCCCCCCCGGAGCUACCUCCGCCAGUGGGUGGUCAUUCCCCCGCCACUUUCAAGCCCUGGACCCCAGGCCAGCUAGUGAGGCUGACCGGCUGUCCAGAGGUGGCCAGGCCACUGGGCCCUGAGCCAGAGACAAGGCCACUUGAGCUAUGAUGUGAAGACACCUGCAGCCUUUGGUCUCCUGGAUGGGCCUUUGAGCCUAAUGUUUACAGUGUGUGUGUGUGUGUGUGCACGUGCAUAUGCAUGUGUGUGUGUGCAUAUGCGUGUGUGUGUGCAUAUGCGUGCGUGUGUGUGUGUGUGUCUUAGGUGCGCAGUGGCAUGUCCACCUGUGUGUGUGAUUGCAUGUGCCUGUGGGCCUGGAAUAAUGCCCCUGGUACUCCAUACAUUCACCUGCCCUGUACAUAUCUGGGCCCACGGAGCUCACCCAUGUGCAUGAGUGUGCACAGCAAACAUGUCUGUGGUCAACAGAUGACAACAGCCAUCUUCCCUUCUAGGGUCUUGUGUUGCAAGCUGGUCCACAGCACCUCCGGGGCUUUGUGGGAUCAGGGCAUAGUGUGACAGAGGCCGAGUCCAGGCCUCCAGCUUCUGCCUCCAGGAGCUGCAAGAAGUCCAUGUUGUUCCUUAUCACCUGCCAGCAGGAAGGGAAAGGGGAUGGAGUGAGCCCACAGUGACCCCAGGAAUGGGAAGAUUUUGGGUGGCCCAUGGACGAAGGUCUGAAUCCAGACUCUGAUACCUUCUGGCUUGCUACCUGAGCCAAGUUGCUGCCCUUCUCUGGUCUAGAAUUUCCUUGUCCGGACAAUGGGGAAGGCAUGACCCACCUGGGGGAAAUUGGCGAUGUCACCCGUGUACAGUACACAGCCCAGAGCAGACCCUCAAUAAACGUCAGCUUCCUUCCUUCUGUGGCCAGAGCCGAGGCGGGCGGGGUGAGAACAUCAAUCGUCAGUGACAGCCUGGGUGCCCAAGGGGCCGUCCCACUUGCAGAGGGCCACUCAGGGGGUUUCCAGGCUUAAAAUCAGUCUGUUGCGUCUCGUGGAAACAGCUCCCCACCAACCAAGAUUUCUUUUUCUAACUUCUGCUACUAAGUUUUUAAAAAUUCCCUCUAUGUGCUCAAGAGAUAUUUGUUAAACACCAAUUACAUAGCAGGCCAAGGCUCAUGGGACCCUUCCCCCGUGGCAUUCAUGGAGGAAGGGUGCAGGCCGGAACCAUGCAGUGUGCUCCAGCCACACGUCCUGCUGGGCCCCCCACCCCGCCCCAGUUCAGUCCUGCAUCUUAUUUGUUCAUCCUGGAUAACUGAAGGGAGGUCAAGUUUUUUAUCAUUGAUUUGUCAGAGAACCUGUCGAAGUGUGAAUUAAGAAGCUAAGAAAAUACUUCUUAGCAACAUUUUCUUUUUCUUUUUUUUUCUUUUGAGACAGAGUUUCACUCUUGUCGCCCAGGCUGGAGUGCAGUGGUGCAAUCUCGGCUCACUGCAACCUCUGUCUCCCCGGUUCAAGCGAUUCUCCUUCAUCAGCCCCCGAGUAGCUGGAAUUACAGGAAUACACCACUACACCUGGCUAAUUUUUGUGUUUUUAGUAGAGCUGGGGCCACCCUGGCCUGGCCCCAUCUUCUGCAAAGGUCAGACUGCAGGCUGCAGGGCCGUGCUGGAGGAGCCAGCUCUGGCUCACUCAUGCUUUUGGAGCAGGGUUGCGUUGGAAGUCAGCAGAAGUUAGUCCUUCAUUUCUCAUCUGUGAAAUGGGGUGGUUGGGAGAGGUAGCUGAGAGAAUGCAUGAGAGUCCUUGGUGCCUGGCAGGAGGCUGGAAAGUUUCAGAACACUGAUGGUUAUAAGAGUGGGACUGUGAGCCUGGGAUCGAGGGGUGUGAGACUUGGAUGGGAGCACAAGAGUAGAAGCACAGCUUCUGCACGGGGGGCCGCCCUCAGCACCCCCUGCACCUGCACCUGCACCCUAGGGACUCUUGGGUCCAGAUGUGCUGUGGUUUUCACACCUUCUUGGGGGCAACAGGUUCCAGGAGCCACCUGCAGGUGUCACCUGAGCUAGGCUCCCAGGAAACCAGCGCAGCUCUCCUGCACCCAGAGCUUGCUGGGUGGGGGAGGGGAACACAGAUGGCUGGGGAGGGCCCGACUGAGGCCAGACUGGGGGACUCUGGACUGGAGCAGACGAGGUUUCUCAGGAUCCCACCUUUGAAGGGAACUCAGUCCAUAAACACAGAGGAGCAAAGUUGGAGGCCAGGCGCAGUAACUCACACCUGUGAUCCCAGUACUUUGGGAGGCCAAGGCAGGUGGAUCACUUGAGGCCAGGAGUCCAAGACCAGCCUGGGCAACAUAGCAAGGCCCCAUCUCUACAAAAAUUAUUAUUUUUUAAAAAAUUAGCCAGGCGUGGUGGUGCUUGCCUGUAGUCCCAGCUGCUUGGAACGCUAAGGUGGGAGGAUUGCUGGAGCCCAGGAGUUUGAGGCUGCAGUGAGCUGUGAUUGCACCGUUGCACUCCAGCCUGGGUCACAGAUCAAGACCCUGUCUCUUAAAAAUAAAAGUUGGAGACAAGAGCUGGCUCAUCACCUGAAAGGACGGAUUAGUAGGUAGGAGGGUGGGUGGAGGAUGGAUGAAUGUGUGGAUGGAUAGGAGGAUGGUAUUAAGUUGGUGCAAAAGUCUUUGCUAUUACUCUUAAUGGCUUUAAUAAAGAGCUUGAAGGAAGAAUGGUUGGUUGGAUAGACAGACAUAAACGCAUACUGGAAACAAAGAUAAAGACAAAACACAAAUCA